AACUAUUUGACCAUAAAUUUCUGCAGGCUUUGAAAGCAGCAGGUCAGGUAUGGCUCCUAGCCAACAAUGACUCUCAGGAAGAUAUUGUGUAUCCCAAUGACCCAAAGGUGGUGAUCAAAGUCGACGAUGACUUGAAGCAGCUCUUCAGGGGAGUUGAGCUCCCUCGGGACAUGGUCGACAUCGAGAGGGAUCUCCUGAAGAACGGAAUGAAACCUGCUACAAACACGGCUAAGAGGCGCGCUGAGGCUCAAGUCCAUGGCAUCCCAUCCAAGCCCAAACCCAAGAAGAAGAACGGAAUCAGCAAGCGCACCAAACUCACAAAUGCUCACCUUCCCGAGCUCUUCCAGAACAUAAACGUGCCUGAUUCUUGAAAACAAGAAGAUUUGAGUUGCUACCUAGUUGGUGACACGCCUAAUGUUUAUAGUAACAAAACAUGGCAGUUUGCAGGCAUUCAUGACAUGUAUUUGCAGGUAGACUGCACUAAGAGGAUAUGCCUUGAUGCUUAUCAUUUGCUGAAUUGUCUUAAUUUGAUUUGCUUGGAUUUAUUUGUGUGAUUUCAUGGGUUGUAAUCUGGAAUGAAACUAAAAUUUGAAUUAUGAAGUUUUGAUUUCUCCAU